CUGCUGAACCCAGCCAGCUCUCCCCGCGCUGGCCUCUGACUCACCCAUAGAUAAGCAACCACCAAGGCCACCAGUUCCAAGCCAGCAGUACUUGGAUUGUUUGCACGGCAAUUUAGGAGUUUCGGUUCCAGAACCACCAGCAGGUUGAGAGAAACGUCGACAAUCUCCUCGGGCUCAGCCCCAAAGUGAGAGGAUGAGGCUGGAAAGGCCACUUACCCUCCCUCCCUCCAACAGUGGAAGGUGCCUGUCCCCUCCCGGCAGGCGAGAAGCUGCCAUCUGCCCGGAUGGGCUCGGAGGUGUCCCGCACGCCAGGUCCUCGGCCCCGCCCUCCCCGCCCCCGCGCGCUUCUCACCUGCGGCCGCGUGGCCCGAGAGCGCACGGCCCCGGGCGCGGCGCGGACCCCCGAGCUCGCGGCGCUCGCGCAGCUCGUCCUCCUCGUCCUCCCGCCGCCGGCCCUCAGCCAUGGGCGAGGGCGAGCUACGGCCCCGGAGCUCCGCUCCACGGGCACCGAGUGCCCCGCGGGCAGCGAAGGCGGCCGGAGAGGCGGCGGCUGUGGAAACGGCCCCGCGCGGGAUUCACCUGCGGCGCGUAGCGGCCUCGUUCAGCGCAGCGCUGCGCUGCGCUCACCCUGGCCUGGCCCGGCCCGGCCCGGCCCGGCCUCCUCGGCCCGCUCCGCCCCGCCGCGCCGCGCCGCGCUCCGGCCCGGCCUCGCCCCCGCCGGGGAGGGGUCACCGCCGCCGCCGCCGCACGCGCUCGGCUCCACCUGCGGCCGGGGAGGGGAGCGGGCGGCCCGGCUCUUCCUGCCCCCGCGCGGUAUUCCGGCGUCAACAGGAAACCCAUUCGCCUGACACCGAAACAAAAGGAGGAGGAACCUGUCCCGGAGCCGGAGCCCAGCUUGCAGCUACGGGACAGCUGCGGCGGGGACUCGGGGCCGACUUGGAGAGCAGCUGAACUGACCUCUGCGCGGCGCGGUCGAGCCGAACUGGAGCAUGGAGGAUUUCCUUGGCGCUCCGUAAGGAACCUGUCAUUCGUACUCAUUUGUCCAGGCCCACGAAACGGAGAACACCAAGAGUGAGCUUCGGUGUCAGCCACGAUCUGCGGGUGACAAAAGUUGCAGUGGUGUGGGUUCCUCAGUUCUAACCAGUGUAGCACCCGGUGAGAGAUGAUGAUGAGGGGGAGGAGCUCUAUACCAUCAGCUAAAUUUUGUUGUGAACCCAAAGCCCCUCUUCAAAAUAGUGUAAUUACCUGGAAGAUUGAGGCAGGAGGAUCAUGAGUUCAAGACCAGCUUGCUUGACCAACACUGCGAACUCUGACUCAAAGCAAACAAAAAAUUUAACAAAAGUAAAUCUAAAAAUGAUGCCUAGCACUGUGGCACAUGCCUGUCAUCUCAACACUUUCAGGAGCCCGAAGCUGGAGGAUCACAAAUUCAAAACCCAGCCUGUACAAUUCAGCAAGUUAGCUAGACCCUUUCUCAAAAAAAAAGGUGUGGGGAGGGGGAUACUGAGGACAUGAAGACAUAGUUCAGUGUGAAGUUCCAGGGUCAAUCCUCAGUAGCAAUACACAAAGAAAGCCUAGUUUUUUAAAUAAGACUAGGGAGAUAGCUCAGCAAUCAAAUACUUGCCUAGCUUGCACAGGGCCUUGGAUUCAAUCUCCAGCCCCGCAAAAAAUAAAAUAAAAUAAAAUAAAAUAAAUGAAUGAUUGACCAAGAGAUGGAAGAGGGUGGAGGUAUAGAGUUAAGAUAUAUUUAUACCAACUGCCCGUGAUGAAGGUAAUCAUUGUCUGCUGUACAUAUGUGCUAAUAAAAAAUUUAAUAUUUGAA